AUGGCAGCGCUGGCAGAUAAAAAAGAUGCUGAGUUGGCCAGAAAGCAGCUGUCUCUUCUAUUGAACAUUGUCUAUUCCAAAUUUCAAGCGCACAAGUUUCUCCUGGAUGGUGGUGGUAUCAAUAUUUAUCGAUUGGGGCACUUUCGUUAUCACAGUGUCGGCAGUCGAUAUGAUAGGGCGCUCAGCUUCGUUGAAUCUGGGUUUUGCUUCCUUUUGCAAGUUUGCCUUUCGUUAUAUGUUGGAGCGGAAAUGAUUGACGUAUUUAUUUUAGCGGCAGAUGACGUGACGUGGAGCCUACAAAAUCUCCCCCUCGCGAUCAUUACACUUUUCUACAGUGGUCUUGUCUUUCUGAGGGAUUUGCGCGAUACACGUCAAGCCAAAGCCACCGUAUACAACAAGCCUUCACUUUUCUUGGCUAUGGAUCUGUUCAUUAACGUUGGCCUUCAUUUCUUUCUGUUGCUUACUGGCUUCAUAGUCAUUUUUGUCCAAGAUACCUUCAUUGAUGCUGUGCUAAAUGCUGCUGCGUUGCUAUUCAUCAUCGAGUUGGAUGACAAUCUUCACCAGAUACUUGGAUACUCGGUCUCUGAUGUUGUUGAAAAUUAUCUGGUCAAGCUGAGCAUGAGCGAUUUAGAUGGCCUAAUUGAGCACAUGGAUUCAAAAGAUAGUACUUUUGACAUGACCAGUCUCAAUCGAAAGGCAAAGGCAAGACUCAACCUUGAGUUCGGAGACUACUACCUGACGAACCAACAAGAACAAGGAACUAUCGAUGGAACCAUUUUCCAACCAUUCAAGUUCAAGUCGGCGAAAAUGGGAGCCAAAGGCCAAGACAACUUGGGUGGGUACAUGAUUAGCCCCAACAGUGUUGUGUCUGAAAGCUGCUUGAUCAAGAAGAUUGAAUGGUGGUACACAAAGUAUCCAACAACUACCAGCCCUAGGAUUGAAGGCGCCAAUAGUGCACAGGACUUUAUGGAUGCAUUCAAGUACUAUGCCUUGUGGAACAUCAGCCCAGGUGCCACAAAAUUGCUUAGAAGCAGGAGUCACGAGGAGAAGAAGAUUCAAAGAAACAAAGAGAAGAAGAAGGUACUAGCACAUGAGGUGGUGGAGCACAAGACUCGGAGCAAUAUCAAGAAACUAGAUACAAAGCACGAAGAGGAGAAAAUCAAGCCAGCACUAGCACCAACACGGCAAUCUGAAAGCCCACGUCUUCUUAACAGGAACAUGAUCAUAAACUUGGAUGCUACAAAUCCACGCUAUGCGCAAUCCGAAAGAAGUGGCCUCACGGCUGCCACAGAAAGACUGGAGUCUGAUGGGAGUUCCAACUCUCCCACGGUAAGAGUCAAUAUGGCAGGUGACAUAAAGUAA